AUGAUAUGCUGCCUCCACUCAUUCCCUAUCAAUGAUGCAAUUAUGCAGAAAGCUAGAGAGGGAGCCCAAGUAUCCCUCUUCAACAACUUAUCCCCGUACACACUCGACGCCAGGCGGGCACUUAGAACGGUGACGGUGGCGCUCCGUGACCGUAACAUUGCCUAUAAGUGGGGAUAUCCAUUUGCAUUACUGACACGCCAUCAGGAUACCUGGAUAGCGGCCAGAUGGCCCGAAGAGGUGCCACAUUUUCUUGAAGAGCUGAACUUGCCGCCAACUCCAGUCGCCAACUGGGCCAGUUGGGACCGGCACCGCGACAACAACGGGCACCCCGCAGACGUGGAGGAGGUUCCCUGCCGGGGCGGCCGCCCCAGUGACGAAGACACGGACCUGGGAACCCUGCGGAGUAGGUACCUCACUACCCUACAAAGACUCGGCCCCUCACCCCACCUGACCUGA